AUGACGACAUCCUCGACCGCUUCCGCUCUCAUUCUUGCCAUCAUCCUUCUGCUUGUCGCCCCCUUGUCACCUGGGAACUGCACAUCGACUGGAGAAGGUAACGCUCUCUUCUUCUCUUUCGGUGGGUCGGGGAAAAAUCGGAGCUUCGCCAUAGAGUUUGCCCUCUAUGGCGAUGCUGAGAUGAAUAGCUCGGAGGUGAGGGUGACGCGUGUGGUGUACGAGAGCUCCGGGCUUAUGAUUUACUGGAAACCAGUCAGAUUCUUCAGCACCAAGCCCGGGUUCUCUUCUUCCUUCUCGUUCUCUAUUUCUCCCGGCAAUGGAAGAGGCCUAGCUUUCUUUUUAUCUUCGGUCAGCGUUACCUUGGAACCGGCGAAUGGCGACUGGUCUAGGUUAUCGACCAGUGUCGUUGCAGUGAAGUUCGUGACGGCAGCAAGCCUCGUCAAAGUCGAUGUUGGCGGAGAACUUUUGACAAAAAGCAAUAAUCUUUCCGACGAUGGUUUUCUUCUCAUCCUCAGCAGAGGAGAAAGAUUGCAUUCUUGGAUUGAUUACGACGGAGAAUCGAAGAGAAUAGAGGUCAGGCUUUGCUAG